UAUUAUUGAAUAAAAAUGGUAUUGAUUGACCAACUUGUAAGCGCUCCUCUGAAUGAUAACCUGGUGCUUAUUAUUGACAUCCUGAUAAGUUUGCAUUUGCUUGCUUUCUUCAUUUACAUUCUCCUUCUAUCAAAGAGUAUAAUGUACCCAAACAAUCAUAUUUAUGACAACAUUGCGAAGCUGCAGACUGACUCGAAGAAGAAUAGAUAAACAUCUGAGGAAGUAUCAGCAGGAGGUAUUGCUGUGCUCUAGUAAUAGUAUAUACUAAUAGCCAUAGCUCGUAGCUCCAGUAGAAGGAUAAUCUGAUAAUUCUCCAUAAAACCUUCCUUCAGAGUCGGAUAGAUUUGAUUUGGGAAAUUA